GAUACAGUAGAUGGUAUACACUAAGUAACUUUCUAUGUGAAAUUUCUGCUCUGUAUUAAGGCAGUUUAAUAUUAAUAAUGAUAUUUUCUUGUAGGUUCUAAGAAGCAAUGCAGCUGUUGUAUAUUGUAGCUUUACUUUUGUCAGCAGUAGCUGCUCAUCCAGAUUCCUGGAGGCCAUGGCAGGAUGAAAAGAUUCCACCUGCAGGUGGACCCAAGAUGGAUUCAGACAAUGAGUCGGUGACACAAACCCCAGACGAUGUAGACGGAGGAUCAGGUGGAGAUUUGCCAGAAUGGGACUCUGACCACCCAACACAUGAGAUGCCCCCAUGGUUUGCAAACAGGCCCACUGGAAGACCAGGAAAAGGAAAUCCACGUGGACCCAUGAAAGGGACUGAUGGGAAUGAUCGUCGGCCGGGGAGACCUUCUCAAGUUUCUACUCGGAGCAAAAGACAGGCUCAUGGUGCCAUGAGGGGGCCCAGUGGGCAUUCUGGGAGACCCAAAAGACCUUCAAGAGGCAAUUGGUGGCCCAACAGGAGGAACCCCAGUCCACCAGCAUUUUCCCCUAUUUUCAAGGUUGACAAUGUGACAUUUCAGAACAUCACUGGUGUAACCCUGAAGGAGGGGGAGAAUGUAUUCCUGAUGCCAAUGCAUGGCGGAAGAGGACAUCAUCAUCAUCAUCAUCAUAGGGGAGGGAAACAUGGUCCUCCAGAGAAUGGGCAAUAUGUGAAGCUCAUCUACAAUGCCACCGAGCCGAACCAAGUCUCUGUGGAGUAUGGGGUUUUGAAACCUAUGAGCCUUGGUGCGAUUGUUGCAGACAAUCCAGAAGAAGAUUACUGACAAAUGUAAAAGGAAGACACCGACAGCUUCAAGUUUGAUCAGCAAACUUUGAAGAAGAUUAUGGUUUUCUUUGCUGUGGUAUAUUCUGGCAAAUGACUUAUAAUUUGACAUUUCCUGUAAAAGCAUCAUUUAUGUGCACCACAAUUAAAUUCUCAAACAAA